AUGAUCGGAAGGAUGUACGAUGAGAACGAGGAUUUAUCAGAUGUUGAUGAAAUAACAAAUAGCAGGGGCUUCAGCGUGGAAGACAAACUUGAGAGUAAUUUAUACAACUGUGAACUUGUUCACAUGGAGGGAAAAGAUUUUACCUAUGAAUAUGUUCAAAGAGAAGCACUCCGAAACCCACUUAUAUUUAAGGCCAAAGAUGGACUAGGAAUUAGCUCAGAUCAGAUCAAAUUUAUCCGGAAUUUAAGUGAAAUCAAGGGAUUGGUUGGCAGUAGGCAGGCUGUUGACAUGAUGGAUGUUUGCACACAAAAAGGUUCAGAGAUGAGCAUGGCUCAAUUCAUAUCAGAGCCAAGAUACUGUCUGAUGAGUGUAAAAAGCUGUUUCACUGACUUCCACAUCGACUUUGGUGGCACAUCAGUAUGGUAUCAUGUCUUCAAAGGAAGCAAGGUUUUCUGGCUGAUUCCACCAAACCCACACAAUCUGUCUCUCUAUGAGGACUGGGUGCUGUCAGGUAAACAGAGUGAUUUCUUCCUUGGUGAUCGUGCAGAUGGCUGUCAGAGAGUAGAGCUGAAACAGAGCUACACAUUCUUUAUCCCUUCAGGCUGGAUUCAUGCCGUCUACACUCCAGAGGACACCUUGGUGUUUGGCGGGAAUAUUCUGCACAGUUUUAACAUUCCCAUGCAGCUCACCAUCUAUGAGAUUGAGAACAGGACAAAGGUGCACUCCAAAUUCCGCUACCCUUUCUUCAAUGAGAUGUGCUGGUAUGUUCUGGAGAGGUACGUGAACUGCUUGACCAGACAUUCACACCUCAGACUGGAGUUCCGCCGGGAGUCUGUUCACACUGCUGAACCCAAGGCUGUAACUGAGAGUUCCAUCUCUGAGCCCCGGCUGGACAUGGAGGAGGACUCAUGUGAGACUCGGUUAGACAGGACAGAGGCGACGACCCAGCCCUACUCAAAUGUCCCUCCUUAUCAGACCCUUAAACCCCAGGCCAUUGAUUCUGAAGACAGCUCAAAGUCCCUCCUUUCCGAGUGUCCCAAGACUCCAUCUGGCUCACCUGGGAGAGAGCACUCUGGAAAAUGGACCCACUUGACAGAGUUUGAGCUAAGUGGACUUAAGGCCCUGGUGGAGAACCUGGAGUCCUUGCCAGAGACGAAAAGAUGUGUUCCAGAUGGCAUCAAAGACCCACAAGCCUUGCUAGAGGACAUGAAGGUUGUCUUGAAAGAACAUGCAGAUGACAAUCCCAAGUUGGCCAUCACUGGUUCUCCUAUUGUAUGCUGGCCGAAGAAGACAGGCAAGCCAUGGCCGCUUAAUCGGCCAAAACCCAAGAUGGGCUCAUCUCCAUCCGCUGUGGCAGGCCUGACAGUGGGAGUAGUAAAGCUCUCGUCCAGUCGUGGUUCAUCUAGUGCUCGGCACAGACGGACACGCUGCAGGAAGUGUGAGGCAUGUACACGCAAAGAGUGUGGGGAGUGCCACUUCUGCAAGGACAUGAAGAAGUUUGGAGGGCCAGGCCGCAUGAAGCAGUCCUGCAUCAUGAGACAGUGUAUAGCGCCUGUUCUACCUCACACUGCUGUGUGUCUGGUGUGUGGAGAGGCUGGGAAAGAAGACACUGUAGAGAACGAGGAAGACAAGUUCAACCUGAUGCUCAUGGAGUGCUCCACCUGCAAUGAAAUCAUCCAUCCAGCUUGCCUGAAGGAGAAGGAUGCUGGUGGUGUUGUGAAUGACGAGUUGCCAAAUUGCUGGGAGUGUCCAAAAUGCAAUCACUCUGGAAAGACAGAGAAACAAAAAAGAGGCCCAGGGUUUAAGUACGCCUCCAAUCUCCCAGGCUCGCUGUUCAAAGAGCAGCGAUUGAACCGGGAUGUGAAGGAUGAGCCAGACUCAAACAUGUCUACCGAGUCUAACACGGAGCAAGAGGAUAAUCCUAUGUGUAAAUCAGAGGACACAUUAAAGAAACCUUCCCCAGGUGUCACUCCAGAAUGUCUACUGAAGCCCAAAUUCGAGGACAACCCACUCCGCAAGAAGAGGAAACACUUUGACAAGGACUCAGACUCUGAUUUCAAUAUCAAGAAAAAGAAGAAAAGCUCAAAGCCUGAUUAUCUGUCGACCGCUAAGGUCCUGCGACAGAUCAAGACGGAAAGAGAAGAUGGUGAGGAGGAUAAUGAGGAUAACCGACAAGAACUGGAGAGGAGACCCUUUAGAUUCAUGCCCUCAGAAGAGGAGGAUGGAUAUGAUGAAAGAGAGGAGGAAGAGGAGACAAAAAAGGAGAAGUGUAGCAGAGAGAAGAAUGGGAAACUUGCACCCAGCCACUUGCACAGCACCUUAGCUUUAUGGAAGACUGACCAAUCACAGGGCAGUUCUCCACAGGCAGGGCCCAGCAGUGACUCAGGUGGUGAUGCACAGGUGAAGAGCCAGCGAAAACCAAGACGUAAACUUCACCUGCCCAACAAAGAACCGAGUAAACAGUUGAACCAGGAGAUCCAGAAGACAGAGGAUCGAUUGGCCUAUCAGAAUGGCCGUACGGUGAAGAUGGAAGUGGGUAGUGAUGGAGAGGACAUAAAACCACUGAAUAGUGGCAGUAGCCAUCUGAGACACUGGCUGGGGCCUAAGCGGGAACUAAACAGAUCCCUGCGAGAGCAGUUCCCAGUGGGCUGGAUCAGGACUACACCCACACCUGUCGUGCGGCCAACACCUUGUCGCUCUCCACUAAAAUGUGUUCAGAUGGAGCGACAUGUUAUUCGGCCACCUCCGAUCAGCCCGCCGCCUGACCGGCUACCCCUGGACGAUGGGAAAAACCACAUAAUGCGGAGAGAGGUGUGGAUGGCAGUGUUCAGCCAUCUCACGCACGAAGAUCUGUGCGUCUGUAUGCAGAUCUGCAAGACCUGGAACAGAUGGUGUUGUGAUAAAAGACUGUGGACCAAGAUCAGUCUAAACCGCUGCAUGUCCAUCACUCCUCUCAUGCUGAGCGGCAUUAUCCGCAGACAGCCCGUCUCUCUAGACCUGAGCUGGACCAACAUCUCUAAGAAACAGCUAAGCUGGCUAAUCAACAGAUUACCUGGUCUGAGGAUUCUGUUGCUGGCAGGGUGCUCGUGGGCAGCUGUAUCAGCUUUAUGCACGUCCAGCUGUCCUUUGCUACGGACUCUAGAUGUCCAGUGGGUAGAGGGACUGAAAGAUAACCAGAUAAGAGACUUACUGUCCCCCCCAACAGAAAACAGACCAGGUCAGUUGGACAGUAGGAGUAAACUGAGAAACGUGGAUGAUCUUUGCCUAGCUGGUCUGGACAUCACAGACUCGUCCCUAAAGCUGAUCAUUAAACACAUGCCCUCACUAUCCCAAUUGGACCUUAGUUACUGUAACCACAUCAAUGACCAGAGUGUCAACAUCCUCACGGCAGCUGGUACCAUGACCAGAGAUUCUCUCACAUACAUCAACCUGUCAGUUUGUAACAGAGUUACAGACUUGUCUCUGAACUACUUCAAGCGCUGUGGAAACAUUUGUCACAUCGACCUGCGCUACUGCAAGCAAGUGAGCAAAGAGGGAUGUGAACGGUUCAUUGCAGAAAUGUCUGUCAGUGUGCAGUUUGAACUAAUAGAGGAAAAACUACUGAGCAAACUGAGCUAGUCAACAAAGACACUGACAAUAACUUGACCGAGAAACCCAGGGAACGAACCACUUCGCCCUCCAUUUUCUACGCCUUUCUUCAACAUGGGACGUGUGAAGGCUAACACACUCGACAGAAAACCAGCAAGUGAAAAAUGGCUAAUUGCUAAAAAACACUCCAAGCCUGAAUCCACUGACUCCUGAGCUCACAAAUAAAGAAAUGUAUUAAUUUCUGGUGGCCAAUUUAGCCUUCCACUGUUUAUAUUUAUUUGUUUAUGUUGUGCAUCUACAACAAACAUAAAAUUUUUUACAUUUACAAGGCACAGCUGGAGGAGCGUGCUAUCAUUAUAGUGGCAUUGAAAGGCAUAUUUACCCAUAACAUUUGGCAGAAUAUAUAUAUAUAUAUAUAUAUAUAUAUAUAUAUA